UGGAGAUGGCGUCACUGGAAUGUGCUGCCUCGAGUCUGGCACGUGAAGCAUCACCGGAGCUGGACAGUGGGGAGCUGAGGAUGGUACUGGUGGGGAAGACAGGUACAGGGAGAAGCUCCUCUGGGAACACCAUCCUAGGGAGGCAGGCAUUCCGGGUGGACAUCUCUUCAUGUUCCGUAACUGGUCAGUGUGACAGACAGAGUGGAGCUGUGGCUGGGAGGAACCUCACUGUGGUCGACACCCCAGGGUUCUUCGACACACGCCUCUCCCCUCAGGAGGUGACAGCUGAGGCAGGCCGCUGUGUGGUGCUGUCUGCCCCUGGCCCCCACUCCUUCCUGGUGACCCUUCAGCCUGGCAGGUUCACUCAGGAGGAGCGGGAUGCCCUGGAGUGGGUUAAGGCCACCUUCGGACCAGGAGCCCUCAGAUACACAGUAUUACUGUUCACCUGGGGCGACCAGCUUCAGGGAAAAAGCAUGGAAGACUUCAUGAAGGAGAGCCAGGAGCUCCAGGAGUUUGUGAGUAGCUGUCAGGGGGGAUACCAUGUCUUUAACAACAGCAACAAGAUAACAGACUGCACUCAGGUCACAGAGCUCCUGGAGAAGAUAGAUAAGAUGGUGACACAGAACACAGGGGGCUGCUACACCAACAAGAUGUACCAGGAGGCAGAGAGAGCCAUCAGAGAAGUACAGGAGGGCAUUCUGGGAGAAAGAAGGAUGGCUCCAUUGACGCAGGAGGAGGAUGGGGUGAAGACAAGGCCAGAGCCGCAGGGACCGGAGGCAGAGCGAAUGAGAAGGAGGGAAGAGGAGGAGAGGAGAAGAGAGGAAGAGGCAGCCAGAAAGAAGGCAGAGAAGUUGUUCUGGUGUGAGCUGGUGUCUGCCCUGGGGAAGGGGGCGGCAGAGGGGGCUGGAGUAACAAGCAAAGGGAAAGGGAAAGCAUUGAAAAAGGUUAAGGCGAUAGAGAGGGCAGCAGCUUUGGCUACCACACCGCUGUCAAUCACAUCAGCUGCCAAAGUGGUGGGAGGAGCUGUGAGAGAGGGAAGUAAAGUGCUUUACAAACACCGCAAAACCCUCCUACACUGACGGGACU